AUCACAACUCACCAGCUCUCCCUCUUCUUCCCUCCUUCAGUAGGCGAUCAUGGCUAUGACAACUCGCUACCGAGCAUGCAUCCCUUCCUGGCAGCAGUGGGGCCUAGCUUCCGCCAGGGUUAUCAAAUCAGCAGUUUACAGAGCGUGGACAUUUACCCACUCAUGUGCCACCUGCUGGCUGUGCCCCCUCAGCCCAACAAUGGCACCAUGACCUAUGCUCGGUGCCUGUUGUCUGCUGAGACAUGCUGGGGGGUCUCUGCGAUGGUCGGCCUGGUGGUGGUUGUCCUGCUGAUACUCUCUUCAAUUGUUCUUUUCAUGCUCAUAAGAAACCGGCAGUCUUCAGGCCCCCGUGCCUUUCAGAGGCUACAGAUUGACGACGACGACGAUGAUGAUGACCCCCUGUUGGAGUAGACAAGUCAGAGCUGCACACACACUAUUCUGUGUCACCUCUUUGUGCUCCAGUAGGUACUUGACAUGUUGCACUUUACUCACUGAGAUCUCUGCCCCAGCUUUGACUUUGGUAUGUGUGUACUCUAUACACAUGCAGUACAAAGACCUAUUUCAGGCCUACUGACAUGCCAUGGAGUAGAAACAGCUAUAGGAAAUAGUGACUACUACAGAUGGCACUGACUCUCCAUAAUGUUACUGUUGGUAAAAAUUCUUCUGCAAAAUACUU